UGUUGAUGGAGUAUAAAAAGGACAUGGCAUUUUGAUCUAUGAAACCUCGAGGUCACCAGGCAAAUGAACUAGUAACAAUAAUAACAACAACAAGCACUAUCGUCAUCGUCAUCAUCACUCAUUCAGUUGCUCGGUCCCUUCCUUCUGUUCCCUUUCACCAAAGCCCAAGCAGCCCCCCCCCUCGUUUCCCUUCUUCUUCUUCUUCCACUUUGUUGUUUGCUGCUGAGUGUUGCUUGCUGCAUACUGUAUCCUCGUCUUCCUCAUCAUAAAUCAAUCAAUAAUCACUAAUAAUAAUAAUAAUCUUAUUAUAAUACAGCACUUCCUUUUAUCCCUUUUCUUUCUCUUCUUUCUCCCACUUUCUCUCUCUCUCUCUCCCUCCUUCCCUUUCUCACUUUCCACCCACACUUUCUCUCCUUCUGUCUCUUCUCUCCAUUCCUUCACCUUUCAUGAUUGCGGCGCAAUCACCAGACAACUACAACAACAGCAACAUGGUUACUAUGGGACCCAGUCCAACAGCUGCGUCCAACUCUACGCCCAUUCUAUCACGCAACAGCAACAACGCCAACCACGAAAUCAACAACAAUGAUGCAUCCAGCAAACACCACCUCCCACUUCCUUCACCUGCCACUUUGUCUCAGUCGCGCCGAUCCAGCAUGUCCACUGCUACAAGCAUUGAUUCGCCCCAAACUCCGCUCAAGUCCAAACGUUCUGACGACGUACUAGCAACAACAACAAAGAUGGCCAGUACCAAGCGAAACAUCGAGUUCCAUACACUUUUCCGAAGCGUUCCCGAAACAGAUCAUCUUAUAGAUGACUAUGGCUGUGCAUUACAGAAAGAAAUUCUGACUCAAGGACGUAUGUACAUCUCCGGAUCCCAUAUCUGUUUCAACGCAAACAUCUUUGGCUGGGUGACCAAUCUCGUGAUUGACUUUACGGAUAUUGUCGAUAUCGAGAAACGGACAACCGCCAUCUUUAUUCCAAAUGCCAUUUUGAUAUCAACGACUCAGGCCAAGUACUUUUUUGCAUCGUUCUUGUCCCGUGAUCAAGCAUAUGAUCAAAUCACCCAACUGUGGCGGGAAUCACAACGUCGUGCGUCGCCUAGCAGUGAAGUUACAAGAGUAGGCGGCUAUGAUGAUGGUCUGUUGACCGACGAUUCCAUGUCCUCGUUGUCGUAUGAUACGGAGAGUUCGGCUGAUCGCGAUACAUUGCUUCCGCCACCCGCUUUUUGUCCGCCACCUCCCUCUGACUGUGACAACAGUGUCUAUGAGCGACAGAAUUCAUUGGCAACACUGCCAAGCGCCACCAAGCAUCCUCAGUUGGACAGGCGUCGAACGGCUUCGGAAUCUCAAUUGUCGGCCAAGAAAAACAUGGAUGCCAAGCAACAAUCUCAGCAGCGACAAGAACAAUCGAGUAAUAAUGAUGUGGGUGACGAAAAAUCAACCGCGUGCGGCUGUCAAAGCAAUGGCGGUCAUUAUACACAUACCGUGAUGGAUCAAUUGUAUCAGGGUAGCAUUGAGAAUGUGUACAGCUUGCUAGCCAACCGCGCCUUUUUGCAAAAGUUCUUGACCGAGAUUGAAAAGAAUACGGAUGUUGAUAUCGGACCAUGGCAAAAGGGGGAAUCAGUCCACUCGGAGCGUGCCAUUUCGUACAUCAAACCGCUUUCCAAUGCAAUUGGUCCUCGAUCGACCAAAUGUAUUCUCAAAGAGCAAGUCCAUCACAUGGACGUGGAGAAUUACGUUACCCAAUUGAUAACGACACAAACGCCGGAUGUACCUUCCGGCAGCUCAUUCUGCGUCAAAACACGCAUAUGCAUCAUGCGUGCUGGUCAAGGAAAAGUACGCGUGCUUGUCACGAUGAUUGUAGAAUUUAAAAAAUCCUCCUGGUUGAAAUCUACUAUUGAAAAAGCAUCGAUUGAUGGCCAAAUCAACUAUUACAAAGGCAUCGAUGCUGCCAUUCGAAAAUACAUGCAAUCCCAGCACCAACAACAUCAGCCGCCUCUUCCAAAACAUCAUCGUCGCCGGCGACGACAUCCAUCAUCCCAUCAUCCUCAUGAAAAGCAUCAGCAGCAGCAUCAGCAUCAUCAUCUUCAUCAAACAAAGCAACAAGGUCAAGCAAACAAAAAGACGUAUGAUGCCGUCGUGAAAUCGUUCUAUGCUGGUGUGUCUGCUGGUACGGAAUGGGUUCUACAGAACCCUGCGCCAUCGACUCAGCAAUUGAUGGUAGCAUGCAUGGUGCUACUCGUCCUGAUCAACGUCUAUAUUGCGACGAAAAUGAAUCAUGUGAGCAGUAAACUAACCAACCAUAACAGUAACUUUCAACAUCCAUACGACGAACCGCCUUCGUUGAUGGCAAGAACAGCAGCAGCGAACUGGAAUUGGCUUAGCCAGCAACAGGAACAGCAAGAGAGUCUAAGACCUGAAGAUCAACAAAAUGAAUCUCAUCCAAUGGUCUCUGGCUUAAAUCGCCAGAUUUUGGAGAUCGAGCGUAUGAUCCGACAAGCGGGUCAGAGCAUCGACGAGGUUUCUAAAGCUGUUCAGCAGCAGCAGCGCAUGAUGGUCCAGGAUGAAUGGCCCUUAUAAGUCACCUAUCCCUCCAGACAUACAAACAAACGAAAAGUUUAUUCUGUUUCUUUCUCUCAAUGUAAAUACGUUUUUCUUUUAUUCCUUUUUGCUUUGAAACAACAAACAAACAAACAGACAUUUCUACAAGGAAGCAACAAGCAAGAUUUUCCUGAUUUCUCUCCCCCUCCCAGUCAUUCCUUAGCUCUUUUUUGUUCCCUCAUACACACCUCUUCAUUCUCUCUAUCCUCCUUUUAUUACUAUCAUACUAGCUCUUUCCAUACUCGUCGUCUUAUAUAACCGUCCUUACUUAUCGAUAUGUCUGAAUAGAUAGUCUUUUGUCUUUUUCUAAUAAAAAGUGACAAGCCUCAUUUCUAAGUAUUGGAGGAGUUGUUACUUCUUUUACUUGACUAAAAGAAACACCCUUGUCACUACAAACAUUUUGCC